AUGGAGCCGGCCAGCGGGAGUGUGAAGGAGGGGAAGAAGGCGGAGGAGGUGAAGAAAGCCCUGGAGGGGCUGGAUGUCGAAAGCACGAAAGUGCCAGACUCGGAGUUUUUGGAGGACCCGCCUUCCGAGAAUGAGACGACAACCUCCACCAAGAGGUCCCAGAGCAAACCGGAGCGUGGAAGAGGCCCUCUGAGGGAAGCCAAGCAGGCCAAGAAAGCUCUGAUCCACAAAGGGGUCCUGACGAAGGAGGAGGCAGACCGUAUGGGGGCGGAAGAGAUCAAGGAGAUGGUGAAGGAGUACCGGAAGGGGAGCUUCAACCUCUCGGAGGUCCUGCUGCAGCAGCUGGGGGAGAACCAGAAAGAGAACCUCUUCAAGAGGCUCUUCGAAGAGCACCAAGAGACCCCGGACAUGAAGUUCCCGGAGAUCACGCCCGAGCAGGUGUCGGUUGCCAACGGGAUCCUGCUUUCCAACUACCUCUACAAACCGUGCCCCUUCUGCAAGAAGCAGUUGGACGAGUGGCACGUGCACACCCCCCAGCACUGUGUCUACAUGACCGAGCACCUCAAGUCCAACUAUUUGCUGUCGGGCGAUCCACGCACGAUGAAGUACAUGGACGUCAAAAAAUCUUUUCUUCGAGUGAGGCGAUUCGGCGGCGGCCUCAAGAAGCUCAGCCUCAAUGGGGCUAUGGAGUACUGGGGCGACGUGGAGACCCUCCCGUCGCUGGUGAAGUCGAUGCACCAGGAGAAGCCCAUGAAGGUGAAGUACGGCACGUCCACAAGCGCCCAAACUCACGAGCUGAAGAAGGAGCAGUACCAUUUGGCCUGGGUGAGUUAUGACGACAAAUCCAGGAAGUAUACGAAUGCGACGUACUCCAAGGAGCACCUCAAGCUCCACACCGAGCUCCAGAG